UCUGUUUGAAUAAGAAGCUCGUUGGCACAGGCGCCAGCAGCCCUCGUGCGCUCCCGGAGGUGACUUCGUCCGUCGCCGUGAUUGGGUCGGGGGCAGCGACGGGACGGGCAGGCAGGCUGACGGAUCACCACGACCACGACCGCGACAGCGACCGCCAUCGCCAUCGAACGAAUGCAUGAACGAACGAAGGACGAGGAGCUCUCUUGCGUUGCGAGGGCGGUCCUGGCGCUGGCGAAGGUGCAGGUGCAGGUGCAGGUGCCGGGCAGUGAUUUCAAGCGGUGAGAUUGGUGGUCGUCGAAUGGAUGAUUGAUUGAUUGAAUGAAUGAAUGAAUGAAUGAAUGACGAGGAGGAGGAAUGGAAGUGAGCCGAUGACGAACAGAUUAUGGUAGCGGCAGAUGUUGGUGUGGGGAGUUUUCCUCAGGUCGGCUGGCCCCGGGUCGUUUCGGGCGCAGGCGAGCUUCUCUGAAGCUCUAGAUCAGCGGCUUGUGGGUUGUGUCGAGGACCUCGAAUUCGUUGUGUACAGGGUGGGUCGGCCUUUCUCCGGUCAGACGGGCAACAUGCACGCGUCGGAAGGAUCUUUUGCGGAACGGAAGGAAAUUGAAAACGAGGGAAUUGUUUGGUUGUGAAUUCUGAUCGGUGUUGCGUGCGCGGCCCUGCUUCUUGUCGCUGCGGUGGUGGUUCUUGGUGGCGUUAGUUGUACAGCGAAGUGAGGGAUGGCGUUGUUAUGUGGCAGUCGAGCGCGUCUGGGAUUGGCCGAUUGUGAAAGCGAAUGUGGAAAUUAGAAGGGACGAUAGCUGGUGGCUUAGCGGACAGGUUUUGUGGAGCAGAUUGAAAGUUGGCAGAGAUUUAUACUUUUAGAGAUUGGAGACUACGCCAUGGCUGGAGUCAUAUUCGCGGGGAAUAAUACACUUGCCGGGGAUGGGUCAAUAUUCCCGUCUUUUCCCAUGUGGCAGCUACUUGUUAUCAUGGGUGUGAUCACUUGGAUCUAUUUGGCCCGUAUUUCGUUGAUAUCUGUUAGAUUGCGGUCAAUGGUGCAACCCUUCGUCGUCAAACAUGUUGAAAGUAGCGUACCGUUCAUGAUCCGGGUUCAGAAAGUACACAAUCCGACGCUGGAUGUUGUCCUUGCAUCUCUUUCCUACUUAGUCUCGGUUGAGUUCUACACUGCGUUUCUGCCGCUGGUCUUUUGGAGUGGUCAUGCGAGGCUCGCCAGCCACAUGACGUUGCUGAUGGCCCUCUGCCUAUACCUCGGAAAUUGCGUCAAGGAUGUAGUCUCAGCUCCUAGGCCUCCUUCACCGCCCGUGAGGAAACUACUGGCGACCGGCACAGAGAAAGACUCCGCCCAGGAAUACGGGCUACCGUCGUCUCACACCAUAAACACGCUAUGUUUAGCAGGGUAUCUGCUCUAUUACAUUGAAGCGCAUUGGGGCGAAGAGAAUCGAUUGCUUCUGUGUUUCAUUGCAGGUUGUUUUGGACUUCUGAUUACGGGUGUUGUCUAUGGUCGACUAUACCUAGGUAUGCAUAGUCCAAUCGACCUCGUAGCUGGAGCUGUCAUGGGCGCCUGCAUAUUGGCCUUCUGGUUGGUCAUUGAGAAUCAUGUGGAAGCCUUUAUCUCUCAUGGAGAGAAUGUCAUUUCUUUCUGGGCUACCAUGGCAGUUUUGCUUCUUUUUGCCUAUCCAUCACCCGAGCAGCGCACGCCCAGCUACGAAUUUCAUACGGCCUUCAAUGGCGUUGCUCUCGGAGUGGUAACCGGAAUUCACAGAACGUUCUAUAUGUCCCACCCUUGCAGUGCUCUUGCCCAUUCGUUAACCACAGUGGGGGGUGCAUCUGUAUUAUUGAUGCGCCUUCUUGUGGGAUUACCUGUGUGUCUGGCGGUAAAAGCUGUCAGCAAGGCGUUGGCAAUAAGAAUGCUCCCGUCGUUUUGCAAUUUGCUGGGUGUACAGGUCCAAUCUAGCGGUUAUGUCCAAGCGGUACAGGCACAGGAAAUGGCCCUGAAAAUCAAACGAAACAACAGCGAAGGCAACUCCAAGAAGGUAGAUGGGCGUAGGGUGGGCUUAAUACCCAAGUUUUUGCAGAGUUUGGAGGACGAGGUUCUGGAUGUCGACACUGGCAUAAGGCUGAUCCAGUACGCAGGGCUCGGUUGGUCAGUCGUGGAGCUUGCCCCUCUCAUUCACAACUUUUUGAACCUUUGAGGUCAAAUAAACACGAGGUGACCAUAUUUCAUUUUGACCGACUUGCCCCGUUACCCAGGCGAAGAUUUAACUGCACAUUGCGGUCUCAUCCCACUUCGUCCAUCAGUAGCAUUCGUUUAAUGCUUGGUUCCUGAAGACUCUGGUGAGUACUACCCACGUCUACAGAGUCGUAUCUUGAGGGUUAAGGUUAGGAACACAGAUAUACAUCGUGCAUGACUGAGGUCAGCGCAUGUUAUAACACUUAGCGUUCUGAGUCGGCCGAUUGACACGAUGAUUAUGCUUAUACGUGACCUUUAAGACCCUAAGAAGGCAAGAGCAAUCCGUUCUAGACGGGAAAGCCUGUGAGUUCCACAUAAAGAAUGUAGCAUCGCCAGUGCGAACAGAACCCGUCACUGAGUGGUACGGAUUCGGAGUUUUACCAGAAUCAUCAUGUGUAUUAUACUAGUUUUGGUCAAUGCGGCCUUGUACCAUUACAUAUGAAAGAAAUUGAUCGUAUGGAGAAUCUUCCAAUUUUGUUCCUUUU